ACUUGGAGUCCUUGUGAAAUUUGGUCCCACCUUCUGAAAUAUAUGUUAGUGAACGGAAUUUUCCAGUAAAACGUGGACGUUGAAGGCAAGUGGGCGUCGUUCGCAGUAGCUAUAAUCCGUUAUAUAUUGUAUUUAUUAAUUCCCGAUUCAGUGACUCCGCCUACCAGAACAAUUUCUCAUCUGUUCUACUAAUCUGACAUCUGUCCAUAAAGCAAUCAUGUCACAGCAGCAGAUCAGCCUCCCCGCUAAGCUCAUUAAUGGCGGCAUUGCUGGGAUUGUGGGUGUGACCUGCGUGUUCCCCAUUGACUUGGCCAAAACCCGGCUUCAGAACCAGAGGCAGGGCCAACAGGUCUACAAGAGCAUGAUGGACUGCCUCAUCAGGACAGUGCGUUCUGAGGGAUACUUCGGAAUGUAUAGAGGCGCGGCGGUGAACCUGACAUUGGUCACCCCUGAGAAGGCCAUCAAACUGGCCGCUAACGACUUCUUCCGCCACCAUCUCGGCCGAUCCGGGAAGGGGCUGACGGUGUAUAAGGAGAUGUUGGCGGGGUGUGGCGCGGGCAUGUGUCAGGUCGUCAUCACCACGCCCAUGGAGAUGCUGAAGAUCCAGCUGCAGGACGCCGGGAGGCUCGCAGCCAAUCAGAAUCAGCAGAGGACGCCGGCGGUGGUGGCCUCUUCCAAACUGGGCGCGGGGAACGCCGUGCUGCGCAGGUCCUACAACGUGGGGCUGGCGCCGGCGCCCGCGGCGAGGGCGGAGUCAGCGACGCAGAUCGCCCGCCAGCUGCUGCGUGCCCAGGGCGUGUCGGGCCUGUACCGGGGCCUGGGGGCCACGCUCAUGAGAGACAUCCCGUUCUCCGUCGUGUAUUUCCCGCUCUUCGCCAACCUGAACGCCCUGGCUAAGGACGCCCCGGAAGGCUCCGCCCCCUUCUACUGGUCCUUCCUGUCCGGCUGCGCUGCGGGAUCCAUCGCCGCCAUCGCCGUCAACCCCUGCGACGUGAUAAAGACCAGGCUCCAGUCUCUGAGCAAAGGAGCCAAUGAGGAGAGCUACAGUGGCAUCGUAGACUGCUUCAGAAAGAUCCUGCGGAGGGAGGGGCCGGCCGCCUUCCUGAAGGGGGCGGGGUGCCGAGCGCUGGUCAUCGCUCCGCUCUUCGGCAUUGCCCAGGUCAUGUACUUCGUGGGCGCGGGAGAAUUCAUCCUGGACCACAACCCCUUCCGCCUCUGCUCCCGCAGCGUGGUUUAAGGGCCCGCGGCCUGCGCUCGAGGCCCAGAGGCUGCGGGUUCCAGUCCCGGCGGGGGGGGGGGGGGGCACAGCAUGGCACUUCUGUAAAUACCUCCACUGUAAUAAUGUGAAAGUGAAUAAGAGCGUCUUCUGAUGUAAAAUAAUGUACUCCCCAUCGAUCCCCACGUGUUUGUCAUUUCUACACCGGGCCCUUCACUAAAAACACCCGGAGUAGCAGACGGUGAGUCAUGGUGGCGGCUACAGCUCGGCUGAACCGCCACCCUGACGCGAUGGAUGUGACAGCCGUCGCAGCUGGAGGGCUGUACGCGUCAGCCAUGGCCUCGCUCUCUACGUUUUACACGUUUACCUGGGCGUGAUGGCCCGUUGACUAUUGCACCACAGACCUUGAGACACUGUUGAGGAGCGGUCUGGCUCCGCCCCCUUCUCUAGAACAUUCUUCUGAAACUUCCCCUCUGUGAGGGAUACGACUCUCCAUGCAGUUGUUUACGUUCACACAAAAAAAGAAACGACCAAAAAGGGUUUUUGACUCGAUUCUGUUUUGUUGGUUUCGUGAUUGUGUUGUUUUUUUUUUUGUUGGUUUCGUGAUUGUGUCGGUUUUUUUUGUUGGUUUCGUGAUUGUGUUGGUUUUGUGGGCGUUGUGGGAACAUUGUUGAUCCUACCAAAACACUGGUUUUGCCUGUUCAAAAGGACGGUAUGAUUUGGCACUAGUGAACUCAAUCAAUGUUUUGGGAGAUAAUUGGUGAACAUUGGAAUGAUGCUUGAAUUCUUAACACUUAACAAAAAAAAAAACAUUUCAUGUUACUGCAAAAUGUGUGUGUAUAUAUUAUAUAUAUAUAUAUAU